AUGCCGAACCAAAUUCGAGAUAUCAGCGAGACCUUCGUGGACGACGAGAACCAAUUGAUCUUCCACAAGAACGUAUCUGUUCCGCUCAAAUGGAAUGGAGGCGUGCUUCGUGUCAAUGUGUACCUACCCAAGGCUGAGGGGAAAUACCCCAGUCUCUUGACUUAUGGGCCCUACGGAAAAGAUAUCUAUUAUGGGGACUUCCAUACAAAGUCCUUCUCCGAGGUGAAUCCCGUGCACAAGUCGAAAUAUUCAGCUUGGGAGACCCCCGAUCCAGUUUACUGGACGAAGCUCGGUUAUGCUGUUGUCCGUGCCGAUGAACAGGGCUUGGGCCAAUCACCCGGUUUACUGGAUACAAUGUCUGCGAGCACUGCCAACAGCUUCUUCGAUCUGAUCGAGUGGACAGCCGUUCAAGACUGGUGCAGCGGUAAAGUUGGGUUGCUAGGUGUGAGCUACUAUGCCGGUAGUCAAUGGCGUGUUGCAGCAAAGCGUCCCAAAGGCCUCGCUGCUAUCAUUCCUCACGAAGGUAUGAGCGAUUACUACCGUGAUCGUUGCAGACACGGUGGAAUUUUAUCAAACAACUUCAUCAACUUCUGGUGGAACCGACAAGUGAUCACCAAUCAGUACGGCCGUCCCAACCGCUCCAAGUCCCGCUGGGGUGAAGACACGAUCGAAGGUGACCUUGACGCCGCCGAACUUGAACAGAAUUGCCGAGACCAGAACGCGGAUAAUGCAGCAAACCCCUUCCUUGACGACGAGUAUCAUGCGUCAAAGGUCUUCCGGUUGGAGGAUAUUGAGGUGCCGCUGCUGAGCGUCGCAAAUUGGGGUGGAAACACCCUUCAUCUGCGAGGCAAUGUUGAGGGAUAUACGUGGGCAGGCUCGAAGCAGAAGUUCCUGCGAUUCAUUGUAGGCCGCCACGAUUUGCCUUUCUACUAUGAUGAGGAAGUGGAGCUGCAGCGCAGCUUUUUGUCGGCCUUCUUGAAGGAUGACGAUUAUGCCGGAUGGAAGACUGGCAAGGUGCCUCCAGUUAGUGUUUGCUUAAGGAAGGGUGAUGUUGGGUUCAAUAAUCCCGAGGGCGAAAAGGGCUUUGCUCGCAGGAAUGAGUCGCAGUGGCCUCUUGCGAGCACUCAGUAUACCAAGUUCUUCCUGACUCCUGAUCUUACUAUGGAUAAGGAUGCACAGGGCAUCAAACCAGCGGAGUCUUCCAUUCUGUCUUAUGAUGCAGGCGAUUCGUCUGCCAAGGGAGUCAAGGUACUCGAAUUCAAGAUGCCGCCUGUUCAGUCAGAGCUCGAGGUGACAGGCCAUGUUCUCGCACACCUAGGUGUCUCGGUUGACAGCUCUGUCUCCCCACCACCCGAGAACUUGGACCUGGAUCUCUUCCUGACCCUUCGUCAUUUUACUGCUGCUGGAAAGGAAGUUCCAUACACUGGAUCGUCCGGUGAUGCUGUCCCUGUCACAAAGGGCUGGCUACGGACCAGCAUGCGCAAGGUGAACCCCGAGAGCCCAUAUCACAGACCCUACCUCCCUCGACGGGAGUAUCGAUCCAUCGAUGUCCAGCCCGUUCAGAGCGGCGUUAUUUAUGAAUGCGAUGUGGAGCUGUGGCCGACUAAUGUCGUCGUUGAAAAGGGAGGCUGGUUGGUGCUGCAAGUCUCAUCGGAGGAUACGGAGCCUGGCGUAGGCCUCUUCAAGCACAACUCUCCUAUCGACCGACCUGCUGCGAAGUUUUCCGGAACUAACAACAUUCACUUCGCCCAUGAGAACUACCUGCUCUUGCCUGUAAUUCCCUGA